AGUGUAUGUUCCCUCAACAUUCACACUUCACUCUCUUCCACUUCAGUCCUCGUCUUUGAGCUUUCAGUCUCAGCUGAGUCCGUAAGAUCAGGAGCUAAGAUGACUUUCUACAAUGACAUUUACCCAUUCUACCCUCUACAAAGGACCUCGUUCAUCUUCAGUGGGCGCUUGCUCACCAUUAUUCUGGUCUUCCUUGUGCUAGCAGUCAGUCUUCUUCUCAUUCUGCCAGGGAUACGAGGGAAGUCGCGGCUGUUCUGGAUGUUUAGAAUAAUUAUCAGCCUGUUCAUAGGUGCGGUGAUUGUGGCGCUCAACUUUACUAGCGACUGGGCUGAGGCCAGAAUGACCACUAAUGCCACCUACAAGUCUUUCAGCAACGCAGUGAUUAACGCAGAGAUCGGCCUGCACGUUGGACUGUACGGCAUUAACGUUACACUGAAGGGAAAUCCUGUUGUACAGUUCAAUGAGACCAUUGACUACAAUGAGAUAUUCAGCCUUCAUGACACCAUUGAAGAAGAGUAUGAGGAAGCUCUGGAGAAAGGUUUACCCAAUCCCAUCCUGUACAUUGCUGAGAAAUUCACCCUCAGCAGCCCAUGUGGACUCAUCUUUCAGUACAGAUACUCUGGACGAUACGCCUCUGCAACUCUCUGGACUGCCUUUUGCUGCUGGAUUCUUGCCAAUAUCCUGUUCUCCAUGCCGGUCAUUCUGUAUGCCGGGUACAUGAUGAUGGCCACCGCUGCCUUCAUCUUCUUCUCCAUGGCUUCCUUCUCCACCAUCAUGAAUGUGCCACAGUGUGUUUUCUCCAUAGGAACUGACUCCUUUGAAACACAGUACAGCCAUUCGUUCUGGCUGGCUCUGGCUACAGGUAUCCUGUGCACUGUCAUUGGGAUUCUGGUGGUGAUGUUCAACUUCAUGAUACCAGAGAAGAUAAGAGAGGCUUUCAGUGUUGGUGUCGACAGUUAUGAAGAUGAGGAGGUUUCUUACGGGGAGGGCUACUUGAAUUCAAUUUUCCUUGAUGGAGUGACAAUUUCACCACUGACAUCAAAAAACUCCACGGAACAUAUAUGAAGCCAUCCAGGUUUCCCUCAGGGAGCAUUUCCAGCCAGUACUUGAAGAGAUUUUGCUGAAUGUGUUACAGAUGGGAGUGUCUAAAUUUACUUGUAAUGUGUGUGAGCCUGUGAGUGUUAUGUGUUAAUUUAACUGUAAAUACUUGGAUUUGUGAAGUUUAUCGUCAUGUAGCAGUGGUUGUAAAUACAAUAUAUAAAGUUGUAUGGGAGCCAUACAGUGUGUAUAUACACUGAUCAAUAUUGAUUAUAGGUCUGUCACUGUUCAGCUCCUUAGGCUGAUUUUGAUUACUUUGGUGUUUGAUAGCCUCUGCAGGAUUUCUUGCAUUUGUGCAUACUUUCUGAGCACUGUCAGUUGCAGUUUCCUGCUUUCACAGCCUCCGAGGUCCAAACAAAUGUGA